GUCGGGGUCGCUCAUGAUGGUGAUCAUGGAUGUGUGAAUAUCGUGAUUACUGACAUGGACAAAGCAGUUACAUGUGUCAUAUUGCGGUACCUAUGGACAGUUACGCUAGCUAAUGAUGACAAAUUGUUUCAGGUUCCCCACACCACAACUUAUGGAUGACUCUUUCUAACAGUUGGGGUGCUCCUAUGAAAGCUGUCAUGUUGGACCAGUUUUGAUGCUUGUAUUGUCGCUGCUGGUUCAUAGAUUCAAACAUGGAAUUCGGGCAGAGGGAAUCAGAUGAAGCUCUUUUACAAAAACCUCCAGCCAUGACAUUUAAGUUUGCCCCAACAAGACUUUCGAGGCCAAACUUUCUUCCACCUAUUGUGUGUUCUCGAAGACUGUACAUUCAGAUAACUCUUGCCAUAAUGCUUGUUGCCAUAGUAGUGAUUGUGCGAGCAUUGUCGAACAUGCGUGUAGUGUUUGUACAAUUCCAUAAUGAAAGUGACACAGAUGGUGAGCUUGUGAUUUUACCAGAGGACUUCUCUGCCCCUAGAGGAGCGUAUUGUCUGGAUGGGUCCCCACCAGCAUUUUAUCUCCGACAUGGUGAGAUCAGUGCUGAGAACAACUGGCUGCUGCACCUCCAGUCUGGGGGCUGGUGUGUGUCUCCCACGGACUGCUACCACAGGAGCUUCACCGAGCUGGGAUCAAGCCAGUCUGCCCACACCUCUGCUCUGUUUGAGGGUAUCCUGUCCAGCGAUGAGAGGGUCAACCCAGACUUCUUCACCUGGAACACUGCCCAGUUUCUGUACUGUGAUGGGAGCUCUUUCACAGGUAACAAGUCAGGUGUGUUGGAUGUGCAAUCACGGCAACUGUAUUUGCGAGGUGGGGCAGUCUUUGAGACUUUGAUCGAGUACCUGCUGUCUCACACCAGCCUGGCCACAGCACAUCAUGUCAUCCUUGCUGGGUCAUCAGCUGGAGGGCUUGCAGCUCUUCUCCAAGCUGACCGGUUGAGGGAGAAGCUGCCUUCAUCAGUGAAGACCCUGCAUGUGCUGGUGGAUGGCUCCCUGUUCGUGGAUCAACCAGAUGCCAAUCAACAGCAUGUCAUGGCGGAGAUGCUGCACAACACUUACAAUCUCCACAACCUCAGAGAAUCCUUGGUGCUGAAGGAGUGUACAGGGAACCUCCCAGAGCAGGUUCGGUGGCGCUGUUUCCUGCCUGAGGUGUUCUACAAGCAUGUGUUCACGCCAAUGUUCUUUGUCAACUCCCUGUAUGACACAUGGUACUCGUCGGCCACACUGAGUAUCUCCUGUACUCGGGCUGGACUCUGCCCCCCCAGGAAUAUGCAAGUGUUGGACAGGGUGAAGCAGGCUAUCCUCCAACACUCGCAGGACCUCCUAGCGUCGGGGAAGAACGGUGUGUUCCUAACGUCCUGUCCCGCUCACACCAUGCUGCCUAAUCCAAGAUUCAACAGCAUGAAAGCAGGACAACUGACCAGUCAAGAUGCUAUAUCGAUGUGGCUCAAACACAACAAAAAGGGAUAUAAUGUUUCAGAGAGCAUUGACUUAAAUGACUCUGCCCAUUACUGCAAAUUGUUCUAUUGACCCAGUUGCUUGGAAGGCUGUGAGUGGGUGCCUAAUGCCUGUCUGUCCCUAGCCUGGUCAUACAGAAGCUAUUCUAAAGUACUAUAAGGAGAUUUGUCUCCAAAUACAUCAGCACAUGUUCUUAUUUGGCACAAGAUUUUGUUUUGCAAUUUGUCUACAAAAGUAUUGAUUGGUCAAUAUGAAAAAUUCAAAUUCAACAACUAUUUAAAGCUGGCUUCAUUUUUUUUACAUUCUGAAUAUUCUCAGGUGACAGUUAAAGGGAGCUGUUAUUUCUUUCCGCAUCAAACUUUGCUUAUCUGUCAGCUUUAACAGACCACCUAGGUCUCAUAGUUGCCAUAGAAACUGGUGUAAAGAUUGGUUGAAGUGUCAGUCUAGUGCAGUUGUCCUCAUUCCAUGGAGUCAAGACAGAAAAUGUUCACCUAGAUUCCAUGCUAGGCUAUCAAUAGAUAGCACUUCAAUGCAGAACAGGUGGAUAUCAAAGCUACUUCCUUUUGCUCCUCAACAAUCCACUGAAUCAAGGAAAUGUGGGAGGACAUCGUAGGACAAGACAUCAUUCAAGUACUUACGCUUUAUCUUCAUUAUUGUGCAAUCACAAUAGUUUUGGAAUAGCAUGGAUAGAGUUGUAAGUAGGAUUAAGAUGAAUGACAGGUGUUACGUUUUCACUGGCAUAUACAUUUAGUUUCCAAAUAACUAACCCAAAUCAAUGGCGGGUGAAAAACUAUGCGGUUUAUUACAUAACAAUCUCAUAUCCAAGAGGGCAAAUAAGGGAGGUAAUUCGAAUGCAAGUAUUGGCACCGAUAAAGUAGAGAGUCUGUGGAUCGAUACUGGUCAUGGUAUUAUAUCUUUUAUUCAAUACACAACAACAGAUAUCUGGCGGACUGUUGCAGUUGGGAAAGAAAUCCAUUUUUGAUGUUAUUUAGAUGAUCAUAAGGCAGGCCAACUAUGAACAAAGGCAUCGUCAUGUUUCUGGAAGAGACGCACUGUCAUGUUCCUGGAAGAGAUGCACUGUCAUGGUUCUGGAAGAGAUGCACUGUCAUGUUUCUGGAAGAGAUGCACUGUCAUGUUUCUGGAAGAGAUGCACUGUUGUAUAGAGAAGCAGUGAAAAGGCAGUGGGCAAGUUACAAAUUGAUGUGAGAGGUCUACACCAGGAAGAGAGACUGCCAUGAUAUAAUUCAGCCAGAAUGUGAUGACGGGAUGUGCUUGUUGGUUUUCUGUUUACAGCAGUAGGAUCAGUUCACUGAGAAAGGAUAUGUUUGGGUUCAAUGCACUUUGCUGGGCCCUAUCUGUAUGUACUGUUGCAAAUCAUGUCUUCUUUUACAAUUGAUCAAUUAUUUGUGAACGUGGUCUAUGAGGGGUGUUUGCUCCCUUUUCAGUAUUACUGUUAGUGACAAGGGUAAUUACCAAGGACAGGGUACAUGUUUACAUGUCUCCCUGCACAUGAUAAGACUGUUUUAACAACCACCCAUAACACCUAACACUCUCACUAUAAGCUUUGAACAAUUAACAGUUUCAAUUUGCCUGGUUUGUGGAUGUGAAGUAGCGCAGCAUGGAAAUGUGCCAAACAUAUGUGAAUUCGCAAAUAGAUUGCCAAAUGAUGUUAUACAACAAUGACUUGUCAUUCAGCCCCGAAGAAGACAAUCUGCUGUGGAUCUGCGCCUGUUUUGCUAUAGUAGUGCAGUAGUGUCUCUACUGUCUGGACCAAAGGUCACACCUAGAAAUUGUGGAGAGAGAACAAAAGAGGAUACAUUGAGUUGAGCAUGUUGAGCUUGCAUUCAAGGGUACUCCUUCUAUCUGUGAUACAGUGAUUGUAUGACUUUAGGAGCAAUGAUAUUUAAAAGGCUAUUGUAGUGUGUGUUGGUAAGCCUGCAUGUCAAGAUACUGGGGAAUCCAAGACUGAACAGCUGUUCAUCUCACUGAUAGAUUAGGCCGACCCUGUCAAUUAUGAACAUGUGUUAUUGCUGUGGAUGGACAAUGUGUACCCGGUCCUGAUGGGUACAGGCACCUAGCAGUGACAGCAAUACAUCUGACACUGCUGGAAGUGGUCCUGAUGGGUACAGACACCUAGCAGUGACAGCAAUACAUCUGACACUGCUGGAAGUAGUCCUGAUGGGUACAGACACCUAGCAGUGACAGCAAUACAUCGGACACUGUGGACCCGGUCCUGAUGGGUACAGACACCUAGCUGUGACAGCAAUACAUCGGACACUACUGGAAGUGGUCCUGAUGGGUACAGACACCUAGCAGUGACAGCAAUACAUCUGACACUGCUGGAAGUGGUCCUGAUGGGUACAGACACCUAGCAGUGACAGCAAUACAUCGGACACUGCUGGAAGUGGUCCUGAUGGGUACAGACACCUAGCAGUGACAGCAAUACAUCUGACACUGCUGGAAGUGGUCCUGAUGGGUACAGACACCUAGCAGUGAUAGCAAUACAUCUGACUCUGUGGACCCGGUCCUGAUGGGUACAGACACCUAGCAGUGAUAGCAAUACAUCUGACACUGUGGACCCGGUCCUGAUGGGUACAGACACCUAGCAGUGACAGCAAUACAUCUGACACUGCUGGAAGUGGUCCUGAUGGGUACAGACACCUAGCAGUGACAGCAAUACAUCUGACACUGCUGGAAGUAGUCCUGAUGGGUACAGACACCUAGCAGUGACAGCAAUACAUCGGACACUGUGGACCCGGUCCUGAUGGGUACAGACACCUAGCAGUGACAGCAAUACAUCUGACACUGUGGACCCAGUCCUGAUGGGUACAGACACCUAGCAGUGACAGCAAUACAUCUGACACUGCUGGAAGUGGUCCUGAUGGGUACAGACACCUUGCAGUGACAGCAAUACAUCGGACACUGCUGGAAGUGGGCCUGAUGGGUACAGACACCUAGCAGUGACAGCAAUACAUCUGACACUGCUGGAAGUGGUCCUGAUGGGUACAGACACCUUGCAGUGACAGCAAUACAUCUGACUCUGUGGACCCAGUCCUGAUGGGUACAGGCACCUAGCAGUGACAGCAAUACAUCUGACACCGCUGGAAGUGGUCCUGAUGGGUACAGACACCUAGCAGUGACAGCAAUACAUCUGACACUGCUGGAAGUGGUCCUGAUGGGUACAGACACCAUGCAGUGACAGCAAUACAUCGGACACUGCUGGAAGUGGUCCUGAUGGGUACAGACACCUAGCAGUGACAGCAAUACAUCUGACACUGCUGGAAGUGGUCCUGAUGGGUACAGACACCUUGCAGUGACAGCAAUACAUCGGACACUGCUGGAAGUGGUCCUGAUGGGUACAGACACCUAGCAGUGAUAGCAAUACAUCUGACUCUGUGGACUCGGUCCUGAUGGGUACAGACACCUAGCAGUGACAGCAAUACAUCUGACUCUGUGGACCCGGUCCUGAUGGGUACAGACACCUAGCAGUGACAGCAAUACAUCGGACACUGCUGGAAGUAGUCCUGAUGGGUACAGACACCUAGCAGUGACAGCAAUACAUCUGACACUGCUGGAAGUGGUCCUGAUGGGUACAGACACCUAGCAGUGACAGCAAUACAUCUGACUCUGUGGACCCAGUCCUGAUAGGUACAGACACCUAGCAGUGACAGCAAUACAUCUGACUCUGUGGACCCGGUCCUGAUGGGUACAGACACCUAGCAGUGACAGCAAUACAUCCGACACUGCUGAAAGUGGUCCUGAUGGGUACAGACACCUUGCAGUGAUAGCAAUACAUCUGACACUGCUGGAAGUGGUCCUGAUCGGUACAGACACCUAGCAGUGAUAGCAAUACAUCUGACUCUGUGGACCCGGUCCUGAUGGGUACAGACACCUAGCAGUGACAGCAAUACAUCUGACUCUGUGGACCCAGUCCUGAUAGGUACAGACACCUUGCAGUGACAGCAAUACAUCUGACUCUGUGGACCCAGUCCUGAUAGGUACAGACACCUUGCAGUGACAGCAAUACAUCGGACACUGCUGGAAGAGGUCCUGAUGGGUACAGACACCUUGCAGUGACAGCAAUACAUCGGACACUGCUGGAAGUAGUCCUGAUGGGUACAGACACCUAGCAGUGACAUCAAUACAUCUGACUCUGUGGACCCAGUCCUGAUGGGUACAGACACCUUGCAGUGACAGCAAUACAUCUGACUCUGUGGACCCGGUCCUGAUAGGUACAGACACCUAGCAGUGACAGUAAUACAUCUGACUCUGUGGACCCGGUCCUGAUAGGUACAGACACCUAGCAGUGACAGUAAUACAUCUGACACUGCUGGAAGUGGUCCUGAUGGGUACAGACACCUUGCAGUGACAGCAAUACAUCGGACACUGCUGGAAGUGGUCCUGAUGGGUACAGACAUCUAGCAGGGAUAGCAAUACAUCUGACUCUGUGGACCCGGUCCUGAUAGGUACAGACACCUUGCAGUGACAGCAAUACAUCGGACACUGCUGGAAGUGGUCCUGAUGGGUACAGACACCUUGCAGUGACAACAAUACAUCGGACACUGCUGGAAGUGGUCCUGAUUGGUACAGACACCUAGCAGUGAUAGCAAUACAUCUGACUCUGUGGACCCGGUCCUGAUGGGUACAGACACCUAGCAGUGACAGCAAUACAUCUGACUCUGUGGACCCGGUCCUGAUAGGUACAGACACCUAGCAGUGACAGUAAUACAUUGGACACUGCUGGAAGUGGUCCUGAUGGGUACAGACACCUAGCAGUGAUAGCAAUACAUCUGACACUGCUGAAAGUGGUCCUGAUGGGUACAGACACCUAGCAGUGACAGCAAUACAUCUGACACUGCUGGAAGUGGUCCUGAUGGGUACAGACACCUAGCAGUGACAGCAAUACAUCUGACACUGCUGGAAGUGGUCCUGAUGGGUACAGACACCUAGCAGUGACAGCAAUACAUCUGACACUGCUGGAAGUGGUCCUGAUGGGUACAGACACCUAGCAGUGACAGCAAUACAUCUGACACUACUGGAAGUGGUCCUGAUGGGUACAGACACCUAGCAGUGACAGCAAUACAUCUGACACUGCUGGAAGUGGUCCUGAUGGGUACAGACACCUAGCAGUGACAGCAAUACAUCUGACACUGUGGACCCGGUCCUGAUGGGUACAGGCACCUAGCAGUGACAGCAAUACAUCUGACACUGCUGGAAGUGGUCCUGAUGGGUACAGACACCUAGCAGUGACAGCAAUACAUCUGACACUGCUGGAAGUGGGCCUGAUGGGUACAGACACCUAGCAGUGACAGCAAUACAUCUGACACUACUGGAAGUGGUCCUGAUGGGUACAGACACCUAGCAGUGACAGCAAUACAUCUGACACUGCUGGAAGUGGUCCUGAUGGGUACAGACACCUAGCAGUGACAGCAAUACAUCUGACACUGCUGGAAGUGGUCCUGAUGGGUACAGACACCUUGCAGUGACAGCAAUACAUCUGACACUGCUGGAAGUGGUCCUGAUGGGUACAGACACCUAGCAGUGACAGCAAUACAUCUGACACUGUGGACCCGGUCCUGAUGGGUACAGACACCUAGCAGUGACAGCAAUACACCGGACACUACAGGAAUUUGAAUAUUCACUUGUAUUGUUUUGUGAAUUGGAAGAAAGGCCAUUAAAAUCUUAACUUUUCACUUAUGAUGAUACAGUACCAUGGCUGGACAUUAAAAUCUGUAAGUGGUUGUUUAUUAAGAUCGAGUCCAUUAUAUGUGGCAUUGAAAGUAGCUGAGGCUAAUUUUUAAGGCUAUAUAAACAAGUCAAUACAGGCAACAGAAAAUAGAGGAUGAUCAACUAAUUAACAUUGUUGCUGAUGUUAUUUAAUAUGAAGAAUAACAAGUAAAAGCUAAGAGAAAGAAGGAAGCAAUGAUGCUGUCUGCUUGUUCAGCAUACCCACCUUGAUGGCUUUCUACCAAUACUCAGUGUUGGCUUUGAUGUAUUUUUCGGAAUUGAAUGUUGUCGUGAGUAUUGUUUUUUCGAAAUAAUUAAGUGUCAUUAUAGUUGAUGACUCCAUGGAGGCAUUUUGUGAAAUUUUACAGUAUUUUACAGUAUUUUAGUGUAUCCAUGACCCCUCUAAAAUAUCAAAUAUAUCUGUCAUGCUUAUUUUCAUAAGCCCAUUUGUUUCUCUACACUUGCACUGUGUGUUGUAUAGGAGGUUUGUGAUAUUUUUGUACUUUAUGUUUUAACCUUUAGCCUGCUGAAUUGUUUUCACACUUCUUAGCCCUGCCUGCUGGAUUAAUUUUAGCAUAAGGCGCUGUAAAGAGGGUGGGUGAUUUCAAACAGUUGGUGCUUCAUUAUACAAGGGCCAAUUGAAGAAAUAUUUUGCACAUUUAUUCGUGAUAGAAAAUUACACAGUACUAUGUAAAAAAAUCCUGAUGUUUUCAAUCAUACCAAGGUUAAGACCAAAACGAACACAAAAUUUAUAAAUGUUCGUGAUCUUGCCUGAAUUACGUUAUUAAAGGUGGUUUACGUUUCAUGUAAGGAACCUUUUUAAAUCGUUAAAUUUGUGCAAAUUGAUUUCAAUAAUCAGAUCUCCGAUAUCUUAAUUUUAACUGAGUAUAAAUUCGAUGUUUUUUAUUGGUAAAUAACAGCGCGAUGGUAAAUUAUGAACCAUUUCUGUAAAUUUAUCAUCAAAACGUUAAACAGAAAAAAAACUAAAUUUUCGAGGUCACCAUGUCAGUUGCAGAAAUACGAACAUUCGAGUUAAUCUAACAUGUCACGUUAUCAAAUUUGCAGGAAACAAUAAAUGCCCCAAUAAAUGACUCAUAAAUAUUCACCAAUCCUUAUUUCAAGUGUUUUGGUUGAAUAUUUACGAUAUACGUAAACACAAGGACCGUGUCAUGAUGCUAGCAGACGUUCGAACAUCAAACAUGGCGCGCUUCGCCCGACCUCGGCAUAACUUAUUGCUAGUUUAAUAUCAACAAAGUUUACACUGUCUUCAUGUAUAUGCCUUGGCGAAAGUUGACAAUCUUCACAAUCGAAGAUUGUUUCAUUUGUCAUUUUCCGUUUAAUAUGACGAGAGAAAAACCAAAAUAAAGAUCGUAAAUUCUGACAGCAAUAUUUCAGUUUGUGCAAAGGUCACCGGAUGUGAUGUCACAGACAGGGGUAGUCUGCUGAUAAUCUUUCGAAACAAAACAAUUUUGAAAUAUUUCGCCUGUAUUAUACAGAAUAAACACAAAUCACUACAUAUUAUCAGUAAUCACCACUAACAUGAAAUUACAAAGUGAUUUUCAAGAUAUAAUUGGCGUAUUUUUUUAAUCCGUUUGACCUUGCAUGCUCCCUUGACCCGGAAACGGGAGACGAUGAAUCAACACGCCACAUGCAAGUUUCUCGGUAUCUUUUAUUUGAACUUUUGUUGAUAUAUAAGGAUCACCAUUCCAUGUUACGUUGAAUAUAAAGUGAUAUGAUUCAUGUAUCUGCGAUGUACAUGCUGAUGACUUUGUUUUCACUAUAAUAAUUAUGUGUGUGAAGCAAUAAGUCGAAAUCGUCGAUCGGCAACGAUCACACCCCAUAACAGGUGCGCGAAAAUAGGCGUGACAAAACGUGUUUCAAAAUACAGUAGCAUUCAUGCGAUGCCGAAUAUGAUAGGAUAUACGCAGGUGGGUGAUGUAUAUAUAAAAAAAAUAUACAUAUUUUCAGUGUUAGUUUCUAAUUAAAUGUGGGAUAUUUAAAUAAGUUUUCCUUUUAUAAUACAUUUAUCGAUUCUAGCAGGAUUUUACAACAAUUCACGGAUGAUCUUAAAAUAUAUUCCAUCAAUAUAGAGACCGCCAUGAUUGCGUAUUGAUGAUAGAUUUGUUAAUGUUUAAUUAUUUACAUCUGUUCACAGCUUCUAAAAUAUUAAGUUAUUUUUAGUAUCUUUUUUUCCACCAAUGAUCAUGUGUAUGGAUAUUAAAUAUUGGUCAACAGGUCAAUGCAUCAGCACAGUGUAACUGAUCAGACUUAAUUAUUAUCUUUAGUUUAAACAUAUUUUAUUCAACAAUUGUUAUCUUUCACCUGAACAUAUAUUAUGUGAAUAAGUAACUAUUUGAUGUCAUUAUUUAAGUUUAGUAUUUCACACAAAAAAUAUAGAAAUAGAUAAGAUCCUUAUAUGAACCUAUACAUACACAACUCAUAUGGACAUUAAUCUUGUGUAUGAAGUUGUUUGUUUCCAAAAAAAUAAUUCUUAAAUAUAAUUGUAAUAUGAAUACGAUACAUUAAUUUCUUGUAACAGAACAUGAUAUUUUUGUUUGUUUAAUCACAAGAACCAGGGUGGCACUUAAGCUGGUGAGUUAGCCAUAUAUUCAUAAGAGAAUGUUAUCUUUUGAAAAAGGAAUAGGGCACAUAUACAUACAUUGACAAUUCUUGCAGUUCUGUUCUGUUGGAGAAAGGUACAUGGAAAUAUCCUACCUUAUGUAUUUUUUCAGGGUUCUCACCAAUGAAAUAAUGUGUAAUUAGAGUGGCAGGACUUUCCAGGUUUGUUGCAGUAUGCUCUCGUGUGCUUGACAGUGACACUCUUGCAUGUCCCCUGAAGGAACAUGAACCAUUGUGAAAUGUGAUCAACAGGUUUUCGUCUUCAGUCAAUAUAAUGUACAAAAAUACAAAAUAAAUGCAGAUCAUCACCAGCUUUGGAUCUGACAUCCUUGAUCAUUUUGAUGGGUUUCUGAAUAUACAGUCAGUAUAGGUCCUUAUGUUCUUUGUUUGACAGUAGCGUUGAGAGCUUUAAGGGCAGAUUCUCCAAUAUGUAGUGAACUUGCAAUUACAUACAUGUACAUGGGUGUAUGUAAUGGUAGAUGUUUAUUCUUAACCUCAGAAUCCAAAUGCCCACACAGGCGAAAUAUUUAGUUGUGAAAGACGCAAACCACACAUGCCUGACCUGCAUCGUUUCCUUCUCCCUUCAGUGUCAUAUUAUUCUGUACUCUUUGUAGAAAGACCAAAUUUUAUGGCUGCAAUGUUUGCAAGUUCUUUUUGGAGUAGGUGGGAAGCAUACCUGGCUCUGUACCAAAAUAUACUUGGCUGUUUCCUAUUCAGGAGUGUUUCUCUUUUUAUACCAAAUAUACACGACUAUGGGUGAAGAUUGGGGAACUUUUCAUACCAAAUAUACACGACUGUGGGUGAAGUUUGGGGAACUUUUCAUACCAAGUAUGCACGACUAUUGGUGAAGUUUGGGGAACUUUUCAUACCAAGUAUGCACGACUAUGGGUGAAGAUUGGGGAACUUUUCAUACCAAAUAUACACGACUGUGGGUGAAGUUUGGGGAACUUUUCAUACUAAGUAUACACGACUACGGGUGAAGAAUGGGGAACUUCGGUAUCAAAUAGUAAUUCAGUUAUAUCACCACAAUCACAGGCCAAAGGGCAGAGAUGUUUACCACUAUGGUGAAACAAGCAUGGAGGAUAUUCUGUGAAUGGAACCAGUGUGGCCCCUCGAAGCAGAUGGGCUGUUGCUGACAGUAUCUUCUGCUUGUGCACUUGCCACAAACUUAUUGACAUGCACUUCAACAACCAAAAUGGAUUUUAUUCAUUCAUAUUUAUGGAUUACUUUUAUAACUAUUCAUCAUCAUACAAAGUAUCAAGAAUGUGUUAUGGUAACCAUGGUAACUGGAGUACAGAGUGGUCACAUGGCAUCAUGUCUAACUUAUUUCUCCAUCAAUUAUCUCUCUCUGAUGACUGUGAAUGUCAGUACUUGAGAGGAGCAUUACUGUGGGUAGCUACUGUAAAUCUUGAAAUUAACGCGAGCCUGAAUUAAAUGUGACAAAAUGCGAGUGAUCUUUGCUUGCAUCAAUAAACUUCACAUUUAUGUCUCCAAAAUGACUAUCAACAAUAAGACAGCCUCACUGCACACUUUGGAUAGUGGAAAUACCAGCUUGAAUGUAAACAAGGUUUAUUAAGCAGCAGUUAUAACACGUACAUAACAAUGUCAUUCAAAGAAUAGGAAGUACACAAUGGGCAUCUGGUGAGUUAUCACUGCUCGGCUCACAAGUUCUACCCAUGUCAAACUUGUUGACACCUUCUCCGCAUACCAAUCAGUGAACUCUUGUUGGUUCAAUUAUUUUAUUGAACUUCCUUAAUGCCUGUCAACAGAGUAAAAAAAUAAACUGCAUGUUGUUUUUUAGGAAAACACUGUUUAUUGUUUUUACAGAAGAGCUCUACUCAGUGCUAAUAAGCGGUGCUAUUUGCUGUUUGAUUGGAUAAAGGUAAGGAUAUGUAUCAUUCCACUGGGGAUGGUGUACAAGAGACGAAUUGAUAUUGAGUCGCAUUUUUGGCUAGGGGUCAGCAGUCGCAUUAAUUUGGAGACGCAUUAAUUUGGAGAUUUACAGUAUAUGUUGUAAUACAUGCAGAGGUACAAGCUGACCAGAACUCACACCUAAAUCCUGACAAGAGAUCACAGACAGCUUGGGUAGUGGAUGCUUAACAUAUCAAAACAAUUCCUCAGCUGUAUAGUUUUGUCUCAAGCUGCUGUCCUAAUACAGUUAUGUCACAAAUAGGAUUCAUUGAUGCAGUUCAAAAAUUGCUGCCAGUGAUCAGCAGGUAUUAAACAAUUUGUUGACAAA